CUGGAGACAGUUUGAGGGAGGGGGGCCAGCUGCAGUCGAUGCUGGUGGUGACGCAGGAAAAACACCCAACAGCAGACAAUAAACCAAUGAUCUGAUCGCAACACAGUCGUGUUAUUUAUAAUCGAGACAGCCAGGCACAUGCACACGACUUUGUGAUUAUUAAACAGCACUUACAUGAUCCGAUCCGGUGUCGUAUGGAGGAAAGGUCCAGUUUGAUUCUCGGUUAUGCAAUGGUCUCUGCAACAUAUCCAGUCCCCCAGGUGGUGCUUUCACUUUCAGAAGUGUGCCGGUUCUCCGUCGCUCCUGAGGAGACACUAAUUUUUUCUGGUGUGCCAGCUACAUAAGCAGACAAGAUUGCAAAGAUCUGCCCCGUGUCGAGUAUGACAGCCACGACCCGUGGCUCCCCUGUGGGAGGGAAUGACGGUCAGGGCCAGGCUCCGGAUGGCCAGCCCCAGCCACCCUUGCCCCAGAACCAGACGUCCUCUCCCAACUCAUCCAAUGAGAACUCUCCUGUGAGCCCACCAGAUGACCAGGGUCAGGGGGACUGUCCCACUCCCCUGGAGGAGGAGGAGCCAGCUUUUCCCCACACUGAACUGGCCAAGCUGGAUGACAUGAUCAACAGACCUCGUUGGGUUGUUCCAGUCUUGCCAAAGGGUGAAUUAGAAGUUCUUCUUGAAGCUGCUAUAGAUCUUUGUAAAAAAGGACUUGAUGUCAAGUGUGAAGCAUGUCAGAGGUUUUUCAGAGACGGCUUGACAAUAUCUUUUACGAAAAUACUGACAGAUGAGGCUGUUAGCGGUUGGAAAUUUGAGAUCCACCGGUGCAUCAUAAAUAAUGCCCACCGACUGGUGGAGCUGUGUGUGACCAAGCUCUCUCAGGACUGGUUCCCUCUGCUAGAACUCUUAGCAAUGGCCACCAACCCCCACUGUAAGUUCCACAUCUACAAUGGUACUCGGCCCUCAGAGACAGUGCCUGCUGGGGUUCAGCUGGCUGAGGAUGAGCUGUUUGCCCGUCCACCUGAUCCUCGCUCUCCCAAGGGCUGGUUGGUGGAUUUAAUAAACAAAUUUGGCACCUUAAACGGGUUUCAAAUUCUGCAUGAUCGAUUCGUGAGUGGCCAGGCUCUGAAUGUUCAGAUCAUUGCUGCACUCAUUAAGCCUUUUGGACAGUGCUAUGAGUUUCUCACUUUGCACACAGUGAAGAAGUACUUCCUUCCCAUCAUAGAAAUGGUUCCCCAGUUUCUAGAAAACCUCACGGAUGAGGAAUUGAAAAAGGAAGCAAAGAAUGAAGCCAAAAACGAUGCCCUGUCUAUGAUAAUCAAAUCUUUGAAGAACCUGGCCUCUCGAGUACCAGGCCAAGAGGAAACCGUGAAGAAUUUAGAGAUAUUUAGGUUAAAAAUGAUUCUUAGGUUAUUGCAGAUUUCUUCUUUUAAUGGCAAAAUGAAUGCUCUAAAUGAAGUAAACAAGGUGAUUUCAAGUGUUUCCUACUACACGCAUCGUCAUGGCAAUCCUGAAGAGGAGGAGUGGCUUACAGCAGAACGCAUGGCAGAAUGGAUUCAGCAGAACAAUAUUUUGUCUAUUGUGCUGCGAGAUAGCCUUCAUCAGCCACAGUAUGUGGAGAAACUGGAGAAGAUCCUACGAUUUGUCAUCAAAGAAAAAGCCCUAACACUUCAGGACCUAGACAACAUCUGGGCCGCUCAGGCUGGGAAGCAUGAGGCUAUUGUCAAGAAUGUUCAUGAUCUCCUUGCAAAGCUGGCAUGGGAUUUCUCACCUGAACAACUGGACCAUCUCUUCGACUGCUUCAAGGAGAGCUGGACGAAUGCCAGUAAAAAGCAGAGAGAAAAGUUACUGGAAUUGAUUCGUCGACUGGCAGAGGAUGAUAAGGAUGGUGUGAUGGCUCACAAAGUGCUCAAUUUGCUGUGGAAUUUGGCUCAUAGUGAUGAUGUUCCUGUGGAUAUCAUGGACCAGGCCCUUAGCGCUCAUAUCAAGAUUUUGGACUAUAGCUGCUCUCAGGACAGGGAUGCGCAGAAGAUGCAGUGGAUCGACCGAUUCAUAGAAGAAUUGAGAACUAAUGACAAAUGGGUGAUUCCUGCCUUGAAGCAAAUUCGGGAGAUCUGUAGCCUUUUUGGAGAAGCUCCCCAGAAUUUAAGUCAAACGCAACGAAGCCCACAUGUCUUCUAUCGGCAUGACCUAAUCAACCAGCUUCAGCACAACCACGCACUGGUCACUCUCGUAGCAGAGAAUCUGUCUGCAUACAUGGAGAAUAUGAGGCAGUUCUCAAAAGCAGAGCACACAGACUUUGAUCCUCAAACGGUUCGGACAGGAAGUCGGUAUAGUCAUGUGCAGGAGGUCCAGGAGCGGCUCAAUUUCUUGAGAUUCUUACUGAAAGAUGGGCAGCUCUGGCUGUGCGCACCUCAGGCCAAGCAGAUCUGGAAGUGCCUAGCGGAGAAUGCAGUGUUCUUGUGUGAUCGUGAGGCUUGCUUCAAAUGGUACUCCAAACUCAUGGGGGACGAGCCUGACCUUGACCCUGACAUCAACAAGGACUUCUUUGAGAACAACGUUCUGCAGCUGGACCCCUCGUUGCUGACAGAGAAUGGGAUGAAGUGCUUUGAACGAUUCUUCAAAGCAGUCAACUGCAGGGAGGGCAAACUGGUUGCAAAACGGCGGGCGUACAUGAUGGAUGACUUGGAGCUGAUAGGGCUGGAUUAUCUGUGGAGGGUUGUGAUUCAAGGAAGUGAUGAUAUUGCUAGCCGAGCAAUUGACUUGCUUAAAGAGAUUUAUACCAACCUCGGACCAAAAUUACAAGCCAAUCAGGUAGAGAUCCAUGAGGAUUUUAUUCAAUCUUGCUUUGACCGGCUCAAAGCCUCCUAUGACACUCUGUGUGUGCUGGAUGGAGAUAAAGACAGCAUUAACUGUGCAAGGCAGGAGGCCAUUCGCAUGGUGAGAGUACUGACUGUGCUCAGGGAGUAUAUAACGGAGUGUGACAGUGACUACCAUGAGGAGAGGACCAUCCUACCCAUGUCCAGGGCGUUCAGAGGAAAGCAUAUCACGCUAGUUGUGCGUUUCCCAAACCAAGGCAGACAAGUUGAUGACCUGGAUAUUUGGUCUCACACCAACGACACGAUCGGUUCUGUGAGGCGUUGCAUUCUGAACCGAAUAAAAGCCAACAGCACGCACACCAAGAUUGAGCUCUUCAUCGGGGGCGAGAUCAUAGAUCCAGCAGAUGAUAGGAAGCUAAUUGGGCAGCUAAACCUCAAAGAUAAAACUCUCAUCACAGCUAAACUCACCCAAGUCAGCGCCAAUAUGCCUUCCAGUCCAGACAGCUCCUCGGACUCAUCCACUGGCUCCCCAGGGAACCAUGGCAACCAUUACAGUGAUGGGCCAAACCCUGAAGUGGAAAGCUGUCUUCCUGGAGUGAUAAUGUCGCUGCACCUGCGCUACAUCUCUUUCCUCUGGCAAGUAGCGGAUCUGGGCUGUAAUCUCAACAUGCCUCUCCUGCGGGAUGGAGCUCGUGUUCUAAUGAAGCUCAUGCCUCCAGAUAGUGCCACGGUGGAAAACCUGCGAGCCAUCUGUCUGGAUCACGCCAAACUUGGAGAAAACAGCCUUAGCCCCACGUUGGACUCACGAUUCUUUGGACCGUCACCUUCUCAAGUGCUUUAUUUGAUAGAGGUGGUGUACGCCUUGCUAAUGCCUGCCAGUGGAACGCUGGGCGAGGAUGCUAGUGAUUUCCAAUUCAACUUCUUGAAGAGUGGUGGCUUGCCGCUGGUUUUGAGUAUGCUCACCAGAAAUAACUUCCUGCCAAAUGCUGACAUGGAGACCCGGCGGGGAUCUUAUCUCAACGCCCUAAAAAUAGCCAAACUUCUGCUCACAGCUGUAGGCUUUGGCCAUGUGAAGGCAGUGGCGGAGGCCUGCCAGCCUGUGGUGGAGGGGACUCUCCCGGUGUCACCUAUAAACCAGGCCACACAUGACCAGGCUCUAGUUCUCCAGAAUGCACUGCAGAACAUCCCUAACCCCUCUGCAGAGUGCAUGCUGCGGAAUGUGGCCAUCCGACUUGCCCAGCAGAUCUCUGAUGAGAACAACUUCCAGGCCUCAAAGUACAUCCCAGAUAUCUGUGUCAUUCGAGCGGUUCAGAAGAUUGUCUGGGCUUCUGGCUGUGGCUCUGUUCAGCAUGUCUUCAGCUCUAAUGAGGAGAUAAGCAAAAUCUAUGAGAAGACCAAUGCAGGCAAUGAGCCGGAUGCAGAAGAUGAGCAGGUGUGCUGUGAAGCUCUGGAGGUCAUGACCAUGUGUUUCGCCCUUUUGCCCACUGCACUAGAUGCACUUAGCAAAGAAAAGGCCUGGCAGACCUUCAUUAUAGAUCUGCUGCUGCACUGCCAGAGCAAGUCUGUUCGUCAAAUGGCCCAAGAACAGUUCUUCCUCAUGGCCACCAGAUGUUGUAUGGGCCAUAGGCCUCUCCUUUUCUUUAUCACCCUCCUCUUUACAGUUUUAGGUAGCACUGCAAAAGAGCGAGCUAAGCACGCUGCUGAUUACUUCACUCUUCUAAGGCACUUACUCAACUAUGCAUUUAACAGCAACAUUAAUCUUCCUAAUGCAGAAAUUCUCUUAAACAAUGAGAUCGACUGGUUGAAACGAAUCCGGGAUGAAGUGAAGAGGACAGGGGACCCUGGGGUAGAGGAGACCAUUUUGGAAGGUCAUAUAGGUGUCACAAAAGAGCUGCUAGCUUUCCAGACCCCAGAGAAGAAGUAUUAUAUUGGCUGUGAAAAAGCAGGUGCCAGCCUCAUUAAGGAGUUAAUGGAUGACUUCCUCUUCCCAGCAUCCAAUGUGUACCUGCAGUAUAUGAAGAGUGGGGAGUUUCCAACUGAGCAGGCCAUACCUGUGUGCAGCACCCCAGCCACCAUUAAUGCCGGCUUUGAACUGCUGGUAGCACUUGCCGUUGGAUGUGUGCGAAAUCUCAAGCAGAUUGUGGACACACUAACUGACAUGUACUAUUUAGGUUGCGAACAGCUCACAGAAUGGGAAUAUUUGCCACCAGUUGGCCCACGCCCAACCAAGGGAUUUGUGGGACUAAAAAAUGCAGGUGCAACUUGCUACAUGAACUCAGUGAUCCAGCAGCUCUACAUGAUUCCCCCCAUCAGAAAUGGCAUCCUGGCAAUCGAAGGCACAGGCAGCGAUGUGGAUGAUGAUAUGUCUGGAGAUGAGAAGCAGGAUAAUGAGACUAAUGUGGAUCCCAGGGAUGAGGUCUUUGGUUAUCAGCAACAGUUUGAAGACAAACCUUCUCUCAGUAAGUCUGAGGACAGGAAGGAAUAUAAUAUUGGGAUUCUACGGCAGCUGCAGGUCAUCUUUGGACACUUGGCUUCCUCCCGAUUGCAGUACUAUGUGCCCAGGGGUUUCUGGAAGCAAUUUCGGUUAUGGGGUGAACCAGUCAAUUUGAGAGAGCAGCAUGAUGCCCUGGAGUUCUUUAACUCGCUUGUAGACAGCUUGGAUGAGGCUCUGAAAGCACUGGGCCACCCUGCCAUGCUGAGCAAAGUGCUGGGCGGCUCCUUUGCUGAUCAGAAAAUCUGUCAGGGCUGCCCUCACAGAUAUGAAUGCGAGGAAUCGUUUACAACUUUGAAUGUAGAUAUCAGGAACCAUCAAAAUCUCCUUGAUUCUAUGGAGCAGUAUGUGAAAGGGGACUUGCUUGAGGGUGCAAAUGCCUAUCACUGUGAAAAAUGCAACAAGAAGGUGGACACUGUGAAGCGUUUACUCAUUAAGAAGCUGCCUCCGGUUCUGGCCAUACAGCUGAAACGCUUUGAUUAUGACUGGGAACGAGAGUGCGCCAUCAAGUUCAAUGACUACUUUGAGUUCCCGCGGGAGUUGGAUAUGGAACCCUACACAGUAGCUGGAGUAGCUAAGCUGGAGGGAUCUGAUGUGCACCCAGAAAAUCAGCAGGUGGUCCAGCAGAACGAGCCGUUAGAGCCGGAGCCCCCUUGCAGCUCUCGAUAUCGUUUGGUGGGAGUGCUGGUCCACUCAGGCCAGGCCAGUGGAGGUCACUACUACUCCUACAUCAUUCAGAGGAAUGGCAUUGGAGGUGAGGGAGAGAGGAACCGCUGGUACAAGUUUGACGACGGUGACGUCACCGAGUGCAAGAUGGAUGAUGACGAGGAGAUGAAGAACCAGUGCUUUGGAGGAGAGUACAUGGGUGAGGUCUUCGACCAUAUGAUGAAGCGCAUGUCCUACAGACGACAGAAGCGCUGGUGGAACGCAUACAUCCUCUUUUACGAGCGCAUUGACACACUCGACAAGGACAGUGAGUUGGUGAAGUACAUCACUGAGCUUUCAGUGACCAGCAGACCUCACCAAGUAAAGAUGCCCUCUGCUAUCGAACGCAGCGUACGCAAACAGAACGUGCAGUUCAUGCACAAUCGUAUGCAGUACAGCUUGGAGUACUUCCAGUUCAUCAGGAAACUGCUGACCUGUAAUAGUGUCUACUUGAACUCACCACCAGGUCAAGACCACCUUUUGCCUGAAGCUGAAGAAAUGGCCAUGAUUAGUAUACAGCUCGCUGCUAGGUUUCUCUUCAGUACUGGAUUCCACACCAAGAAAAUAGUCCGUGGCCCUGCUAGCGAUUGGUAUGAUGCUCUAUGCAUCUUGCUUCGACACAGUAAGAAUGUGCGCUACUGGUUUGCACAUAACGUCCUCUUCGCAUAUCCAAACCGCUUCUCGGAGUACCUGCUCGAAUGCCCCAGUGCUGAGGUUCGAGGGGCCUUCUCCAAACUCAUAGUAUUCAUUGCACAUUUCUCCCUGCAAGAUGGACCCUGCCCUUCACCAAUUGCCUCACCUGGACCUUCAAGUCAGGGUUGUGAUAAUUUGAGUUUAAGUGAACAUCUUUUACGUGCUGUGCUCAAUCUGCUGAGAAGGGAAGUGUCUGAGCAUGGCCGUCAUCUACAGCAGUACUUUAACCUUUUCGUCAUGUAUGCCAAUCUUGGCUUGGCAGAGAAGACGCAGCUAUUGAAGCUUGGGGUACCAGCCACCUUCAUGCUUGUGGCCCUAGACGAGGGGCCGGGGCCUCCCAUUAAGUACCAGUACGCUGAGCUGGGAAAGCUCUACACUGUUGUAUCCCAGCUGGUUCGCUGCUGUGACAUAACAUCUCGUAUGCAGUCCUCAAUUAAUGGUAACCCUCCCUUGACAAACCCAUAUGGUGACCCCAACAUCACAGCUCCCAUCAUGCCUCUGCAACAGCUGGUGGUGGACAUUUUAUUUGUGCGCACCAGUUAUGUCAAGAAGAUUAUUGAGGAUUGUAGUAACUCUGAGGACACCAUCAAACUGCUGAGAUUCUGCUGUUGGGAGAACCCUCAGUUUUCCUCCACUGUGCUUAGUGAACUACUGUGGCAGGUGGCAUAUUCAUAUACAUAUGAGUUAAGACCUUACUUGGACUUGCUACUUCAGAUCCUGUUUAUUGAAGAUUCAUGGCAGACUCACAGGAUCCACAAUGUGCUGAAGGGAAUCCCUGAUGACCGUGAUGGGUUAUUUGACACAAUUCAACGCUCGAAAAACCACUACCAAAAGAGAGCUUAUCAGUGUAUCAAAUGCAUGGUUGCUCUUUUCAGUAACUGCUCAGUGGCCUACCAGAUUCUCCAGAGUAAUGGGGAUCUAAAGAGGAAGUGGACAUGGGCAGUGGAGUGGCUUGGCGAUGAGCUAGAACGGAGACCAUAUGCUGGUAACACCCAAUACACAUACAACAACUGGUCCCCUCCUGUCCAAAGCAAUGAAACUUCCAACGGAUACUUCUUGGAACGUUCCCAUAGUGCCCGAAUGACUUUAGCCAAGGCAUGCGAGUUGUGCCCAGAGGAGUGUCACUUAACGAAGCACGAGGUGGCAUCUGAAGAGGACGCAGGCCGGAAUCCGUCCUCGACACAGCUACUUUUGCCAGGGGAAGUGACAGGCCAGCAGCAACACACCGAACCCGAUGAGCAGGAGGCCCUCGAUGAACAGGACCCUUCUCCCCCAGAGGAUACUACUCUGUACCCCCAUUCUCCAGGCACAAAAUAUCAACAGCAGAACAACCUCCCUCAUUUGCAGCCAUACACUGGCCCUGCAGCACAGCACGUCAACAACCCUCAGCGUCCAGGGCCACUAGCACAAGAGAACUGGGAGCCCCCUGAGGAAGUGCCACCCAGCCAGACUAAAGACUAACAAUAUGUUCUUGCACUGUCCUCUAUCUGAGUUCUCCGGUGAGAUACUCUAAUCCAGAGCAAGUCCAGGCCCAACCACGCUGCUCCACUCCAGAGCCUGUGUAACCAGAACAUUCAGCUUCCCUCAAUUUCUAACCCUGGAGUGGAGUCUCUUCACCGUCUGCUCUGCAGUAUUAACUGUCAAAAGUGUAACUUGCAGUAGACUGUGCAUAUUGUUUCUAAUAAAAGGGCCCUGGCGCACUUAUCUCAUGACAGAAGUGUACAUACAAUGUUAAUGUUUUGACUGUUCAAAAUCAACAGCACAUGAUGCUGUUUUGGGGACUGCAGAUUAAUGAAAAUGGAAAAACAAAACAAAAAAGAUGCAAAUAUGACUGAGUCACAAAAAAAAAAUCCCUGUUUUAUCCCAUACUCUGUAGUAAGGUUUGGGCCGUUUGGGUCAUUCUGCUUUUGAUCAUACAUUAUAUUCAUGUCAAAGCUUAACCAGCUAUGGCACCUUGUGAGUGGGAGUUGGCCAUAGUUUGUGAAGGAUGGGAUGGUUGGGUGAUCUUCAUGACGUUUAGUUGAUGUGAAUGGGGUGAUGCAACUUUAAUCUGGAAAUUCCUAUUGCCUUUUUUCUUUUAUCUGGUAAUAAUUCAAUAAUUUGAAAGGUGUAACCUCUUAGCAUGGCUUCACAUCAAACUAGCAUAGCCAAAAGAAAUUGUGCAGUUUCUUUCUCCACAGCUAUUUAGAAGAGCUGUUGGUCCCACUUCGUAUGCUCCUCUAGAUUUGAUGUUUUCAAAGCAAUGUAAGAAAUAAGUGGCUUUACAAUUGCAAAUGUUCUCUCUGAUAAAUAUUUGGCUGUUGCUUUUUGAUUGGAUAAAUGCUUAGUUUUUGAUGAUAGGAAUUUUAGACAGAACAUUUAUGCAACAAUUUGCUAUGCCAGAAUGCCUGGAAAAUUGGUGGACUGAACUCAGUUUGCCUAUUUGUCUCUCCGUGGUUGAAGAUUGUGUUAGACAAACCUGGCAAUUUAAUCAGUCACCUGAUUUCAUGAUCCCUGUUCACAUUUGCAUACUCAAAUAGAGGACUCUUCAUUUGGGGAGCAUGAACAUGAAGCAGGGUUGUACCAUAAAAUAACUGCUGGUUAGUCAUGUUACAACUUCAGUUAGUAAAGUAUCUUGGAUUAAAGGAGUAAACAUCAGUAGAUACUGUAUGUAUUUAAUUGGUAACUUGAAUGCUUUGUUUUUGUUUUUUGGAUUUUGUUGAAAAAUACCAAAUACUCCUGCAAAUGAAAAUAUUCUGCCCAUCAUAUAUUUAAAUAUUUUGCCGUUUUAUUUUAUAGAAUUUAUUUUGUUGUAUUUCACUUAAAAAAAAAAAUAGAAUUUGAUUUAAGAGGAACAUUUUUGUCCUUGUGUUAUUUUUAAAGAUUAUUGACUGUACGGAGUUCUUCGCCCUGUGUUUUUGCCGACUUUUGUUUUGGCCAUGAUGUGACGUUGAAUUCUGAAGUCACAGUCACAAUGUUGACUUUCACUUUGUGAGGUUUUUGUGCACAGAAAUGUUAGAGCAUUGCACCCUUCAAGAAUAAAGAGAUGAAAAUGU